AUAACAACAACAAUUUCCAAAAUUAUGGUGCGCAUCAGUAUCAAGUAUUAUGGUAAUCUAAGUGCUGAGGCAAAGUGAAAGGGGAAGUUGAUUAGGAAGUGUCUGGAAGCUUGCAAACGCAGACCAGCUUUGGGGAAAAGAAGAGGAAAAGACAAAAGAGGAGGAAGUGACUUGCUUUUAAAAGAUUUCCUGCCUGCUUUUUCCAAGACCUCUCCUUUGCUGUUGAAAGACCAUUCAGUACACAGGAGAAGCAUUUCGUUCCAGACCAUGGAAACUACUCCUUUCAGAUGGAAGGCCUUUGCAGGCUUUCUGGUGAUGAAUCUUCUUAUCACAGUUACUUCAGCCCUGACGUGUCAUCAGUUCACUAACUAUACGCAGGCUGGUCUCCCUGGCUAUACUGGUGUUUUUAGUGCUUUAAAUUCCGACCCAUCUAAUAGAACUGCCAUCAAGUGUCUCAGUAGCCACAACGCUUGCGUUUCUAUACGACUGGAACUGAGUACAGUCAGCCAUACUCUGUUUAUGGACCAUCGGGAUUGCGCAACCACCCAAUACCCAAAUGGAGGAAAAGAAUUAUCCAAGAAAGGUGACAAAUACUUUGCAAUCAAGUACAAGGCAACUUACUGCUCCAGCGACCUGUGCAAUGGAGAAAUGCCUUCUGUACAUCCUCACAACGAGACUACUUUGGUCAAAGAAAAAUGUAAGCCAAGCAGUUCGAAGAAAUGCUAUGCUGGCAUCAACUAUCAUGAAUCUGAAACAGAACUAGAACCUGUGACAUGCCGCAGCGACUCAGACUACUGUUACCAAGGAUCUGGGCAUAUCAAAGCCGCAAAUACCGCUCUACAUUUACGCGUCAGAAGCUGCCGAAGCAUCUGUCGCAUUCCUCAGCAACAAACUUUUGGACCAAUAGAGAUCUCUCUCAAAGGAUCCUGCUGCUCUGGAAACCUCUGCAACAAGAAAGAAAAUGCUGAUCCAACCCCGACUGCUCAAGCGUGGGAAACUACCAGUGAAUUAUAUGGACACGGCACUGUCAAUCAAACCGGCAAUUUCACCAACCUUGGCCAUGGAUAUGGCCUCUUCCGAGACUUUGAAUGUGAGGAUUACAUUGUCGAUAAUGGCACAGAGUGGUCCUUCAUUGAUCCUGGAGCACAAGGGGCAGUAUCACCUUUCACUGAUCAUGGAGCACAAGGGCCACCUAACAGCAAAGGGUCCAUCCUUCAGCUCAGACCUCUGCUGCUCACUCUUGUGGUUACAGUCCUUGCACUAUCUUGGUGAGAUGCCUUGGCUUCCAAGAUCUCUGAUCUGAUUUUGGAAGAGGUAUAUUGUAGAAGGGAAGGAAAAGAUGGGUCAACCUGAGAUAGAUAAAUUUCUGGCCUUCUGUAGUCCUCUCCUAACUAUCAACCAAUUGUUAACACAGCCUGGCCAUAUAGGCCCCUUCUACGCUGCCAUAUAAAAUCCAGAUUAUCAACUGUGAACUGGAUUAUAUGGCAGUGUAGACUCAUAAUCUAAUUCAAUGCAGAUUAUGAGGAUUAUCUUCUUUGAUAAUCUGGAUUAUAUGGCAGUGUAGAAGGGGCCAUAAUCCAACUAGUUGUUGACAUAUACUGCUAUAUAAUCUCUUCACUAUUUCUCCUACUGCAAAGGGAGAUGUUGCAAUGCUUUCCUCCAUUUUUUUAAAGAGAAUAACCUGAUGAUCUCCCCAGUCCACAUUAACUGGGAUAUAGAAACAGUCCUUUUCUCCUACCCUACAAUGUCUCUUUCUAUAACAGGUGGGUGAAAUAAGUCAUCUUUAGGGAAAUUAAUGAUGCAGUCAGUAAUUCUAUUUCUUGGGAGCUUUAGAGUGCAUCUACACCAGUGGUUCUCAGCCUGCAGGUCCCCAGAUGUUUUGGCCUUCAACUCCCAGAAAUCCUAACAGCCAGUAGGCCAAAACACCUGGGGACCCACAGGUUGAGAACCACUCAUCUACACUUUUGAAUUAAUGCAGUUUGACAACACUUUAGUUGCCAUGGAUCAAUGCUAUGGAAGCAUUGGAUUCCUAAUUUGUAACUGGCGAGGCACCAGUUCUCUGUGACAGAGAAGACUCAAGCAAUUGUAAAACUAUAACAUCUGGGAUUCUAUAGGAUUGAGCUAUGGCAGUUAUAAUGGUGUAAAACUGCAUUAACGUCACAGUGUAGAUGCACCCCAGUCUUAGUAAAUGUGAAGGAUUCCCCUUGAUAUUAGGUCUAGUCAUGUCCGACUCUGGGAGCAUUGUCCGUAAACGCCACCAAGGUCAUGUGAUUGGCAUGACUGCAUGGAGCGCCUUUACCUUCCCACUCCAUGGUACCUAGCGGAAAGGUAAAGGCGCUCCGUGGUAACUAUUGAUCUACUCACCUUUGCCUGUUUUUGAACUGCUAUGUUGGCAGAAGCUGGGGCUAACAGUGGGAGCUCCCCAAAUUCAAACCACCAACCUUUCAGUCAGCAAGUUCAGCAGCUCAGUGGUUUAACCCGCUGCAUCACCAGGGGUUCCACAGUCUUACUUUUAUUAUAUAUCUUGCAACUUUAUAUAACAUAUGUAAUAUGUCAUGAAUGUAAUUCAUAUUUGUGAGCAGGACUAAAGUGCAUGAUAACAAAAGGCAUUGGCUUCAACCACAAAAGGAGUCACAGGAUCAGGACGCUGGAGAAUUGGUGGGGAGGUAAAUUGUUGCUUCAGAUUCCAGAUUCCUGUUUAUGACUUCAAGUUCUUGGAGGUUUUGCCUUUCUUGUGUGUCUGUUUUCAUGUUUAUGGAUAUAACUUUUGA